AAAUUUAAGAUAUAUAUCAUAUACCAUAUCAAAUAUUAUAAUAUCAAAAAUUUUUAAUUCAAUAUGAUAAUUUGAUAUAUACCAUGUCAUACCCGUCCAAACUACGUUUUGCAUCUGUCCCAGCUUUGUAUAAAAUUAUCUAAUUUGUGUUGCUGCUGAGGGCACCACUAUUAAAAUACGAAAACAUCCGUCAAUUUCACUCGCCCAUGUUAGCAUUAGCACUUGUCUUUUCAUUGCCGUCCCAAUAUUCUAUUCUUCUUAUCAAAUUAAAAUAUGGGUCUUUCCCUCUUCUUCUUCACCUUCAAGAACCCCCUAUUUCACUUGCCAACUUCACUGGGAAUUCUUGAGGGUUUUUCUUUGUUUUUGGGAGAGUAAUAAUAUUGGGAAAAUGAAGAGGUAUAGGAAUGGAGAAAUAUGGGAUUUUGAGCAAGAACUGCAGCUUCUAGGAGAUGGGUUUUGUGAUCAAAGAGAAGUGAUAUUGGGAUUGGAUGGUGAUACAACGUGUACUGUCUGUGUUUACAAACUUGAAGUAUUACAUUUUUGUGGAUUUUUUGGGCCGUUCCACUGUAAAAUAAUCAACAAUAGCGUGGGAGAAAGCGCCGCGAGGGAUGCUCUAGAGCUAGUCAUGGCUAAUGCUCUUUCAAAAGCAGGCUCAACUCGUUUCUGUGUGCAAGCUGUUUGUUUGGCUGUCUCUGGUGUCAACCAUCCAACAGAUGUAGAACGAAUAAUGAACUGGCUUAGAGAUAUAUUCCCCAGCCAUGUCCAUUUCUUUGUUCAGAAUGAUGCUGUAGCAGCUCUUGCAAGUGGAACAAUGGGAAAGCUUCAUGGUUGUGUCCUUAUUGCUGGUACAGGGACUAUUGCUUAUGGUUUCACUGAAGACGGUAGAGAUGCUCGAGCUGCUGGUGCUGGGCCUGUAUUAGGAGAUUGGGGAAGUGGAUAUGGUAUAGCUGCACAGGCAUUGACUGCUGCAAUUAGAGCCUAUGAUGGUCGUGGUCCAUACACUGCACUUACCUCAAGUAUUCUAAGGAAGCUGGAUCUUUCUUCUCCUGAUGAGCUUAUCGGGUGGACCUAUUCAGAUCCAUCUUGGGCUCGGAUUGCGGCUCUUGUUCCAGUGGUUGUGACUUGUGCAGAGGGAGGUGAUGAAGUAGCAAAUAAGAUAUUAAGAGAUGCAGUUGAAGAACUAGCUUCGAGUGUUAAAGCUGUUGUUAGAAGAUUACAGUUGUGUGGUGAAGAUGGAAAUGAUCCAUUUCCUCUUGUUAUGGUUGGAGCUGUUCUUGAAGCCAAAAAGAAAUGGGAUAUAGGAAGAGAAGUCAUUAACUGUAUAUGCAAGGACUUCCCUGGGGUUCAUCCCAUUUGUCCGAAGGUGGAACCUGCCAUUGGAGCUGCGUUGCUUGCUUGGAACUUGUUGGCUAGAUAUAAUCGACAAGGGAAUCUGAGAAGUGAAACCAAUUCUCCUUAAGAGAUUUUCGAUCAAUUGUACAGCAGUAAGGAUGAAUGGAAGGUUAUUUGAGCAUAUACUCUUGCAAAGAAAAAUAUGUAUUUUGUUUUUCUAUUUUUGUUAUAUAGAUUCGUUUUCCUCUUGUUUAGGUUCAAUUUCUUCUUUCCCUGUUAGUGGGAAUUGUUUGGUUACAUACUAAUUUGGUAUUAGUUAGUAAAGGUAAUUCUGCUUAUUAGUUAUUGUAUACUACCCCUAUUUAAUACAGAGUUAUGCUUCCUCCUCGUU